AUGCAAAGCACUGAGAUACACGUAGAUGUAGCGGAACCUUGGCUUAUACAAUUAAACGAAAGUAUAUCAGAAAACAAACUACAUUUACUUUACACGUUAACGCACGAAAUAGGACAUUCAUUAGGAUUAUCGCACAAUCAUCGCGCAGAUUCUCUAAUGUUUCCUUACGUCACCGAUAGAUCCGCUACACUCAGUAUAGAGGACAUUUUAGCUAUUCAACGUCUAUAUGGAAAAAAUCAAAAUGAAGUACCGAGUACACGAUCUCCACCGGUAACUACAGACACGCGUAAAACAUCAACGCAAAAUCUGUGCGAUCUACCAUACGUGGACAAUGUACUGGUGUUGAAACAUCACAUAUUCGUCACUUAUCGAAAGAGCAUAUGGGUGAUAGCCAUCAAUGGUAAAAGGUACAAGGGACCACUCGCGCUCAAUGACUAUCUUCGUUUUCUUCCGGCGAACGUUUCAAUAAACGCCGUGUAUCAACGGCCAUCAGAAGAAAUUGUGAUGUUCGCGAAUAAUAAAAUUUACAUGGUAGAUUAUCCGAGUUUUCAAUUGAAAAAUGGUUGGCCGAAAACGUAUUCCGACCUGAACUUUCCCGCAGAAAUGCGCGUUAACGCAGCAUUAGUCACCAACCGAGGACAAACGUACGUGAUCUUCGAUGGCGACAGCGUAGCGUUAAUGAAUGAAUGCGACAUGACUAUUCGCGAAUAUCACUCGUUAAAAGCGAUAUUUCCGGGAAUACCAUCAUCUCCGACUGCAGCCUACCGAUAUAUCGACGGUUCUCUUCAUUUCCUACAAAAACGUCAAUAUUACAAAUUCAACGAGUUCACCCAAACAGUAACGAAUGCCGAUAAUUUCGACAUGAAAAUACUCAACGUAAAUUGUCCUACAGACGGACUGCUAAGACAAUUGCAAGAUCUUCUUAAUCGACUGCUUCAAUCAAAUAAUUUACUCGAAUACACCACAGAGGAUGCAUUGGACGAUUAG